CCUGACCCGAGCCCACUGCCCAGUCUCCCCCUUCCUAACAAGGGAAUAGGGCAGAAGGAGUCGCCCCGCUGCGGAAAGCUGGGAGGGGAUACCUUCUUGAUACAAAAAAAUUUUCCUACCCCCUCAUACCUGGUGACUGAGGGAAUUACUAAGACUCCCUUGUUGCUCGUUUCUGAGUAUUGUCUGAACUAUUCCUGACACUAUGACUGCUAUUUGCAUACCUCUCAAGUCUGUUCUCUGGGGAGGCAGCAAGGGGCUGUGGACCUGGCCUCGGCACCGGGAGAGGCUGGACUUCCUGUCUCUCUGUGCUGAAUGGCUGCGAUGGCGCCCGCUCUCACCGAUGCAGCAGCUGAAGCACACCACAUCCGGUUCAAACUGGCUCCCCCAUCAUCCACCUUGUCCCCUGGCAGUGCCGAAAAUAACGGCAACGCCAACAUCCUUAUUGCUGCCAACGGAACCAAAAGAAAAGCCAUUGCUGCAGAGGAUCCCAGUCUAGACUUCCGAAAUAAUCCUACCAAGGAAGACUUGGGAAAGCUGCAACCACUGGUGGCUUCUUAUCUCUGCUCUGAUGUAACACCUGUUCCCUCAAAGGAAUCUUUGAAAUUGCAAGGGGUCUUCAGCAAGCAGACAGUCCUUAAAUCUCAUUCUCUCUUGUCUCAGUCCUAUGAACUCCGAGCUGAGCUGUUGGGGAGACAGCCAGUGUUGGAGUUUUCCUUAGAAAAUCUUAGAACCAUGAAUACUAGUGGUCAGACAGCUCUGCCACAAGCACCUGUAAAUGGGUUAGCUAAGAAAUUGACUAAAAGUUCAACACAUUCUGAUCAUGACAAUUCCAGUUCCCUCAAUGGGGGAAAACGAGCUCCCAUUUCAUCUGCUCUUCAGGGUGGUGAAGUGGGGGGAUCUGAAUCUGGGGACUUGAAGGGGGGUAUGACCAAUUGCACUCUUCCACAUAGAAGCCUUGAUGUAGAACACACGAUUAUAUAUAGCAAUAAUAGCACUGCAAACAAAUCUUCUAUCAAUUCCAUGGAACAGCCAGCACUUCAGGGUAGCAGUAGGUUAUCACCUGGUAUAGACUCCAGCUCUAAUUUGGGGGGUGUCAAGUUAGAGGGUAAAAAGUCUCCCCUGUCUUCCAUUCUUUUCAGUGCUUUAGAUUCUGACACAAGAAUAACAGCUUUACUGCGGCGGCAGGCUGAUAUUGAGAGCCGUGCCCGCAGGUUACAGAAGCGCUUACAGGUAGUGCAAGCCAAGCAGGUGGAGAGGCAUAUACAGCAUCAGCUGGGUGGAUUUUUGGAGAAGACUUUGAGCAAACUGCCAAACUUGGAAUCCUUGAGACCCCGGAGCCAGUUGAUGCUGACUCGAAAGGCUGAAGCUGCCUUGAGGAAAGCUGCCAAUGAGACCACCACUUCAGAGGGCCUUAGCAACUUCUUGAAAAGUGAUUCGAUUUCAGAAGAAUUGGAGAGAUUUACAGCUAGUGGCAUUGCCAACUUGAGGUGCAGCGAACAAGCAUUUGAUUCAGAUGUCACUGACAGUAGUUCAGGAGGGGAGUCUGAUAUUGAAGAGGAAGAAUUGACCAGAGCUGAUCCUGAACAGCGUCAUGUACCCUUGAGACGCAGGUCAGAAUGGAGAUGGGCUGAAGACCGAGCAGCUAUUGUCAGCCGCUGGAACUGGCUUCAGGCUCAUGUUUCUGACUUGGAAUAUCGAAUUCGGCAGCAAACAGAUAUUUACAAACAGAUACGUGCUAAUAAGGGUUUGAUAGUUCUUGGGGAGGCACCUCCCCCAGAGCAUGCAACAACAGACUUAUUUCUUCCACUUAGUUCUGAGGUGAAGAUAAAUCAUGGGACUGAUAAAUUGAUUGAGUCUGUUUCUCAGCCAUUGGAGAACCAUGGUGCCCCAGUUACUGGUCAUAUUUCAGAGUCAUUGUCUGCCAAAUCAUGUGGAGGGUUGAGACCUGUCAAUGGAGUUAUUAACACUCUUCAGCCUGUCUUGACAGACCACAUUCCAGGUGACAGCUCUGAUGCUGAGGAACAGUUACAUAAAAAGCAGCGACUGAAUCUAGUUUCUUCAUCAUCUGAUGGCACCUGUGUGGCAGCCCGAACACGUCCUGUACUGAACUGUAAGAAACGGAGGCUUGUUCGACCCAACAACAUUGUUCCUCUUUCCAAGAAGGUUCACCGGAACAGCACAAUUCGCUCUGGCUGUGAUGUGAAUCCCUCUUGUGCACUGUGUGGUUCAGGCAGUGUGAACACCAUGCCUCCUGAAAUCCACUAUGAAGCCCCUCUGUUGGAACGUCUUUCCCAGUUGGACUUUUGUGUUCACCCUGUUCUAGCAUUUCCAGAUGAUGUUCCCACAAGCCUGUACUUCCAGAGCAUGCUGAAAUCUCAAUGGCAAAACAAGCCCUUUGACAAAAUCAAACCUCCCAAAAAGUUUUCACUUAAGCACAGAACACCCAUGCCAGGCAGUCUGCCAGAUCCAUCUCGUAAAGACAGGCACAAGUUGGUCAACUCCUUCCUAACAACAGCCAAGCUGUCCCAUCACCAAACCCGGCCUGACAGGACUCACAGGCAGCACUUAGACGAUGUGGGGGCCGUGCCCAUGGUGGAGCGAGUGACAGCGCCAAAAGCAGAGCGCUUGCUCAACCCACCGCCACCUGUGCAUGACCCAAACCACAGCAAAAUGAGAUUGCGAGACCAUUCAUCUGAGAGAAGUGAAGUGUUGAAGCAUCACACAGACAUGAGCAGUUCAAGCUACUUGGCGGCCACCCACCAUCCACCUCACAGUCCCUUGGUGCGACAACUCUCCACCUCAUCAGACACCUCCACACCCACCAGCUCUAGCUCACAGGUCACAGCUAGCACAUCUCAGCCGAUAAGGAGGAGAAGGGGAGAGAGCUCGUUCGAUAUUAACAACAUUGUCAUCCCAAUGUCUGUUGCUGCAACAACCCGUGUAGAGAAACUACAAUACAAGGAAAUCCUUACUCCCAGCUGGCGGGAGGUUGAUCUUCAGUCUCUGAAGGGAAGUCCUGAAGAAGAGAACGAGGAGAUCGAGGACCUAUCCGAUGCAGCCUUCGCUGCUCUGCAUGCCAAAUGUGAGGAGAUGGAGAGGGCACGGUGGCUGUGGACCACGAGCGUGCCACCCCAGCGGCGGGGCAGCAGGUCUUAUAGGUCAUCAGACGGCCGGACAACCCCUCAGCUAGGCAGUGCCAACCCCUCCACCCCCCAGCCUGCCUCCCCUGAUGUCAGUAGUAGCCACUCUUUGUUGGAGUUCUCCCAUGGUCAGUCCCCCAGGAGCCCCAUUAGCCCGGAACUGCACUCGGCACCCCUCACCCCUGUGGCUCGGGAUGCUCUGCGACACUUAGCCAGUGAAGACACCCGUUGUUCCACGCCAGAGCUGGGGCUGGAUGAACAGUCCGUCCAGCCAUGGGAGCGGCGGACCUUCCCCCUGGCGUACAGUCCCCAGGCAGAGUGUGAGGACCAGCUGGAUCCACAGGAACGGGCAGCUCGCUGCACUCGGCGCACCUCAGGCAGCAAGACUGGCCGGGAGACGGAGGUGGCACCCACCUCGCCUCCCAUUGUCCCCCUCAAAAGUCGGCAUCUGGCGGCAACAGUCACAGCUCAGCGCCCAACUCACAGAUGAGCAGGAGACAAGAAUCUAAACAGACUAACUAUUGGCAUUAAAGCUUCAGAAAUCUCUGCGUUUGAUAUUCAAACAUCAUAUGCUGGAAAUUUUCACAGUUUUUAGUGAAUUUAAGGAAUUUAGAUUCUACUUUGGUUUUUUUUUUUUUUUUCUUAUUUUGAUUUUUGUUUUGUUUUUGUUUCCAUGUUUUCUUGUCACACACCUGAGCACUUCCUCCAGUUGGCAAACAGAAGUUCAGGAUAAGACCCUGCUGACCUGGUCCUGGCACAUCCUCUGCACAGUUAAAUCACUGGACUUACCAAUGUUGGAUGACCACCCCUCUCCCUCGCAUCUGUGGGCAGGGUAGGAAAGACAGGUGGGCAGAGGGAAGGCCAAGCUCCAGUGUAGCAUGGCCUUCUUAGGUUAGGGUGGGACAGGGCAGAGUGCUCUGGGUCGUCUCCCCCACCUCCCCCCCCCACCUCCCCACCCAAUCUGUGGCUUGUCUCAGCUCUGGCCUUCAUGGCUUGGUCCUCCUUGACUUUUUGUGCUGAAGUAUCCCCACCAGAGCCUUUUUGCCAUAACAACCAGCUGCUCUCACUGAGUUCUCAGCCAGCAGAAUGGCUUCCCCUUGUCACCCAGAUGUUGGUGACUUGUUUUCAGUUUCAUCUGCAUUUGGUCAUUUCUGUCUUAACUCCUUACUGCAGUAACCUGACUGCGGCUGCUCAGGUCCCCCAUCCUGCUCCUUUGUACCCUUCCCUGUCUGUUUUCCCUUGCCAUGUGCACACUCAACACACACCAGUCCUACCCGGGAUGUACUUACCACCUGUCCUGUUCUAUGAAGGUAGGGAUAGGACUACUCAACUUCUGUUCCCGCUCCCCUGCCAACUAGGGGGUUUGGGAAGUGAGCAGCCAUCUACCCUGUGUAAUUUUGUUUUCCCUGUCAGUGUCAGUUAGCUUCUUCCUCCUUUGCACUCCCCUUGCCUGUGGAACACUGUCUGGUCCUAGCUGUGGUUUCCAUCACCCUCCUUUGUUAACCUUGUGCCUGUCUCAUGUAUAAUCACAUCACCAAAAAGGGGGCAGGGGGGAAGGACUUUUUUUUUUUUUUUUUUUUUUUUUUGGUGCCAUUUUGUAAUCGUAUAAAAAUAGUAGACAAACUGCUUAAUGGUUGGGGUUUUUUCACAAUUUUCAACAUUAGUGAUUUUUUUGGGGGGGGUUCUGUUUGCAAGUUAAAAGGUUUGUCAUUGUUUCUUUAAAAAACAAUAAUGCACCAUAUCCCUAUGCAUAAAGUGCUUCUUCUAUUUAUAAGGUUGAAAAUUCUGAAUAACCCUUUUAGCAUUGUAAAAAACAAAAAAAAAAUGAAAAAAAAAACACUUGUAUUUUGUAAAUAUUUUCUUUUCCUGCUUUGAGCUGUGUAAUGGCAGCGAAACAUGUAGCUGUCUUUGUUCUUUAGAAAUGCUUUUCUUCAGAGAAGCUGAUCUUUGUUAAUGUCUUGAUUCUGUUCGCAAAGCACAGACUAGUGCUUUAAAAAAAAAAAGAAGGAAAAAUUGAAAAAAAUAAUAAAAAAAAGAGUUACAGAA